AAAAAUCUAGCCAAAGUAAUAUACGUCACUAUGGAUUGUGCUAGUACUCGAUCGCUGUUGCGAAAGAAGUUGGAAUCAUCGGCCCGUUUCACUCAGCUUGAUCCGUUGGCAGCUCAGAAAUAUUUCAAUAAGAUGGCUCGUCGUGUGUUUAUCGAAACAUGUGAAAGAAAUCACUGUCAUCCCCUUAAAUCUGCGGCUACUGCCAUCGUACAGUUCCCUUUCUGGUUGUCAUUCUCCUUCACACUCCGAUAUAUGUGUGGAUAUCAGAUGGCUCCUGAUUACGGUUGGGACUGUGUAGUUCCCGGAAUGGUGUCUGAAGGUUUGACUGUGGCGUGUAACAGCCCAGUUUUACCGAUUGCGUUGCUGAUUGUUGGUUUGGCUAAUGUCGAGUUGAUGUACCUUCGUCAGCUUCGUCCACCUGAAUCGAUCACUAACCCAAGUCGCUUCUCAGACCCUGUUGGUUACAAAGUCGGCCGUGGGAUCGGCUGGUUUGUUAACGGUCUCAUAUUCUCGGCCGCCAUGUUUUUCCCCAAGCUGGAUAACUAUAAACGGUAA